AUGCGACGUCGGAGAUUGCGGAGAGGAGAAUCGGGAGGGAGUCGAGGGAGGGAGGGGAGGGGGGUAAUGGGGGAGAGGAAGGUGGGGGGCCCGGGGGUGAAGGGGUUGGGAGAGGGGAGAGAGAGAGAGAGAGAGAGGAGAGAGAGAGAGAGAGAGAGAGAGAGAGAGAGAGAGAGAGAGAGAGAGAGAGAGAGAGAGAGAGAGAGAGAGAGAGAGAGAGAGAGUGGUGGUGAGGAGGAAGAGAGGAAAGGAAGGGGGAGGAAGGGGGAGGGGGGGAAGAGGGUUGCGGGUGAGCAAAGUGGAAGACAUGGGGAGGAAAUGGGACGAUCUGGGGGGGCGGCGGGAGGAGCCUUGCGAGUACAGGCGAUGCGCGUGGUACGGUUCUCGUUGGACAUUGAAGAGGUGGGCAAAGCAGGCGCUGCUGCUGCUUGUGUGGGGCUGAUAACGCUAAAGAGUUUUGUUGCGUCGUCUCUACCGCGCUCAUAG